AUGAAAGUACCGGAAGAAAGGGAAAUGGAUGCUGUGGAGCUGGAUGAUGUUUCCACGAAGACAGCCGUGUUUAAUGAAGAUGGUGCCAACACGGUGAACUUGACUGCUGUCGCUGAGGAACCACUUGGCGGCGAGCUGGGGGAUGAUGUUGCUGAGAGACAAAGCAGUGCUAUGAAGGAGCCAGCGAAGUUGCGACACAAGCGCAGCAAAAGCACCUCUCUCGUACAUGCCACGUCAUUUGGUUCUGUUCCAGAUCUCGAGACCGUGGAAAUCGAGGAGGGUGAUGUGGUACUGCCUGACAAGCAC